AUUGAUAGCUGAUUAUUAAUUGGCGCAAAGGUUACAAAGCAUAAUACCAACAAAAGUGGUUGGCGGAAGAUACGCCUUCGCCAGGCACAAAAGAAGAAGCAGCACCCGGUUCUAAGAAAACGCUAUCGAUGGAGUGUCUGCAACGCCUGCAAAAGUUCGAUGAGGCCCUAACCUCGCUAGAGACAGCAUUGGCGCCUAUUCUCGAAGUUGGAUUCGAUGAUCACCUCAAAAGAACGGCUUUAGAACUUGUUCAAGUAGACGUAAUGACAAUGUUCGUGCUCAAUUCGCUGGGAUGGUGUUUGACGGCUCAGCAAGGCAAAGAUCCAAAAGACAGCGUUCAGUUGGCAGACGAACUCAAACGCACGAAGCAGUACGUGGAUCGAGUCAAGUCUAUUGAGCUGCGCAAAAGUGCUCCGGGUCUGAAUAGGCGAGUUGCAAAGGCUUUUGUUAGGAAUGCUCUCUGGGAGGUUCCUGGUAAGCGGGCAAAGCUAGAUGACUCUUUCGAAACGGAACUUGGUCAAACUGCCAGUGACCAUGAGAGUUUGGAUGCUGAGGAAGGUGAGCUCGAACCAGACAUGGAAGAUGUAGAUGACAGUCCUUACGUCGUAGCAAACGUUAAGUUUGAGGACGAACCUGAGCCACCACCUGCAAAAGUGAAAACAGGGAGGGGUACUUGA